GGCUAGAGCUGCUGCUGGGGUCGCCCAGCGCUGGAGGCUUCGUCGCUUUCUUGCCCCGGACGUAGCGUCCCCCAGAUUGAUGGGAAAGCUCAGAUUGGCCUCCUAGCAGUUUCCUUCCUGGGACAUUUUUCUACACCAGAAACCAUGGAUAAAUAUGAUGUAAUUAAAAUGAUUGGGGAAGGAGCCUUUGGGAAAGCAUUCUUGGCAAAAGGAAAGACAGACAACCAGCAAUGUGUUAUAAAGGAAAUCAAUUUAACAAAGAUGCCUCAUCGAGAAAAAGAAGCUUCAAAGAAAGAAGUCAUUCUUUUGGCAAAGAUGAAACAUCCAAAUAUUGUAAAAUUCUUCACAUCUCUUCAAGAGAUGAAUAAAUUAUACAUUGUGAUGGAAUAUUGUGACGGAGGAGAUCUUAUGAAGAGGAUCAGUAGGCAACAUGGAGUGCUCUUUGAUGAGGACCAGAUUCUGGGUUGGUUUGUGCAGAUCUCUCUGGGAUUGAAACAUAUUCAUGAUAGGAAGAUCUUACACAGAGACAUCAAAACACAGAACAUUUUUCUUAGCAAUAAUGAGAUGGUUGCAAAGCUUGGGGACUUUGGCAUAGCAAGAGUAUUGAACAAUACAAUGGAACUUGCUCGGACGUGUGUUGGGACACCUUACUAUCUGUCUCCAGAGAUCUGUCAGAAUAAGCCCUACAACAACAAAACGGAUAUCUGGUCUCUUGGCUGCGUCUUAUAUGAGCUGUGCACAUUAAGGCAUCCUUUUGAAGGUACCAACUUAUAUCAGCUGGUGCUCAAGAUUUGUCAAGCACAUUUUGACCCCAUCUCUACAAAGUUUUCUUCUGACCUACAGACUCUAGUAACUCAGCUUUUUAAAAUACCUCCUCGAAAUCGGCCGUCAAUUAAUUCCGUCUUGAAAAAGCCCUUCUUGGAGAAGCUCAUUGCCAAAUAUUUGUCUCCUGCGGUAAUACAAGAAGAAUUCAGUCAUACACUAAUACACAGAAAGAGACCAGCAGCAGCACAGCCUGUAACUAAUCUGGCCAAAGGUCCAAUAAUGCAGAAAAGGCGAUUCCAGGGUAAUCAUCCACCAAAAUGUAAGAUCCUGAUGCCCCCCAAGAGACGGGAGUUGCUACUUAGAAAAGAAUGGAUACCUCCUAGAGCUCAGAAGCCAACACUGCAUCAAAGUCCUCAGAAAAAGAUGGUAGGAAGACCAGAAGUUGCUCCAGAUUGCAGAUUUUAUGGUCAUUUUUAUGCUCAGCUGGACGUCUUACAGAAGAAAGCUUGUGACCCAAGGCCUGCUGAGUACCUUCAGAGGAGAUUGGAAGCUCAACAGUACAAGCUGAAAGUAGAAAAACAAUUGGGUCUUCGUCCGUCUUCAGCUGAGCCAAAUAACCAAUUACAAGUGAAGGAAAGAAAGGGAGAACAGCCCAAACUCCAGGAUCUACAGUCUAAGAAGAAUGAAAUUAAGCAAGAGGAAUAUCGGAAACAAUUAGAGGAAAUACGCCAGCAGUACCACAAUGACAUGAAAGCUAUCAGAAGGAAGGUUGGAAGAGGACUUGAGGAGGAUUCAAAUGUAAGUCACAAGACUUAUUUCGUGAAGCAGAGAAACACACAUGCUCACCAGGAUGAACCUAAGGAGGACAUUGAAAGAAAAUUGGAACAAAUUAGGCUACAGAGCAAACAGGAAAGAAAAAUGCUGGAACAGAAAUACAAGGUUAAGGGAGGAGUAAAGUUUGAAAUAAAUCUGAACAAAUGUAUUAUUGAUGAAAACAACAAGCAUGGGGAAGAGGAAAUAGAUGUACUGAAUGAAACUUUGACUUUUGAGGAUGGUAUGAAACUUAAGGAAAAGCAGCUUAUGAAUGAACAUGAAGAUGAUACAGACCAAGCUUUGGAAAAAAUAUAUUGUCCAGAAGCAGCUGUUCACAAGCAGGACGUUCUUACUGGAGAAAAGAGGCGGCAUUGGAGUGUUCAGGCUCCUCAGACACUGUUACGUAUGAUAGAGGAAGCAGAUGUCACCUCAACCUGCUCUACCACUACUGGAGAUGGCCAGGUUAUUGUAAUUGAAGACGUUUCAGAUAAUAGGAAGCAGUGGAAACAGGAAUCACCAGGGACACUAAUGAAUAUGUUAGCAGCAGCAGAGCUGGCCAGUGACUCCUUUUCUGCAAAUGAACAAGAGUUUGUGGAAACAUUAAAGUACUGGCUUCCCAGUGAGGAAGAGGAGGUGAAGGUGGGACCAACCUCUGCUACUGUUAUGGAUGAAAAACAACUGGAGCCUAGAUCUGAUGAUGGUGAUGAUGAUGAUGAUGAUGAUGAUGAUGACACAAAUUUUGAAGAAUCUGAAGAUGAGCUGAGAAAUGAGGUGAUGGAAUCUCUAGAAAAGCUGGCAAUUUCCAAAGAGGAAGGAGAGAUGUCAGAUGACCCUAAGGAUGAAGAAAAGUCAGAAGAAAACUGUGUGAGUGACCAGACAUCAGAGACACCAAAUCAACAUUUUGAGGAGACGUGUGUUCCCUCCAAUACCAAGAUUUGUGUUGUGGGUGAAGGGCAGGAAGGAACAAUUAACCCAAGUACAUAAGUAUGAUCACAGUAUCAUUUCUGAACUAAUAUUCUAGCAUCUCCACUCUGCUACAUGAUUUGAAAUGCAUGUCACAGACAUUAUUUCUGCUUCAUUAGCUCUCUAAUGAGAAGGGAGUGUGGGGUAGUGGAUAGAGGGCCAGCCUGUGAGCCAGGGAGAUUUGGGUUUAGAUACCACCACUGACACAUAUGGCAAUAUAAUCCAGUGCAAGUCACUCAACCUCUUGCCAAUUCUAAGACUAUAAGGAGCAGAGACGGUCCGCCCACUUGUCUUGGCUCAAAGAGCUAAGCACCAGGAGCUACUUAAGUCAAUGAGAUCUCAAACAUAAUUACCUUAUAAACUCUUGAUGCUAAUCUGUCAGGCUCCAAUCUGAACAUUACAGUGCCUUGAGAAAUGAUGAGUGUGAUGAAUACAGAGAAGCAUAGGAAGACAUACGAACUGAUGCAAAGUGAAGUAAGCAGACCCAAGAAAACACUAUACACAAUGACAUAACUGGACAUAACAACCACUACAAAACAAUAUUGGAGGUUAUGAAAUUAUAAUAAUCAAGUGAUGAGAAAUCAUUUAACCUACCUUUUUGGAAAGGUGUGAGGCUAUGGGUGUGGAACACUGAAGAUAAUGUCAGACUUUUUUUUUUGAUACCUUAGUUAGUUUUACUAACCUUCCCCCCCCCUUUUUUAUUCUUUGUUGUAGGGGAUGACUUCUGGGGAGGGAAAUGUAUAUUACAUAAAAACAAAGGGUCUCAAUAAUCAUUUCUUUAAAAAAAUAAUUGGAGCUCCAAAUAUAGUGACCUGCAGUAUGCUUAUGAAAGAAGUUUCUGGAAGAGUGCUUUCUGGAACUCCAAGAGCAGUAGACACUUUUACCAACUAUCUCAUGACUGCAGAUAGGACCAGCUAGUUUUUGUAAUACUGUAUUUUUCCCCCUGGCUUCAUCUUUCUACAUAUCAGUGUGUUUUUCUCAAUUGCCCUGUAACUUCCAGGCCAACCAUAGAUGGCCUAGUUUUAACUAGAUAACUCACACAUCUGUGUUUGUCAUCUUUCAUAAAUACAUGUGGCAGCUAGUUGGUACGGUAGAGUGCUAAAUUUGGAGUCAGGGAAGACCUGAAUUCAGAACCUGCCUAAGAUACUUUAUUCUAGCUGUGUGAUCUUGGGCAAGUUAUUUUUCAAUUUCUCUUACCCUUAGUCUCAUGUAAAAGGGGAAUAACAGCAGUGCCUACUUCCCAGGGUUGUUGUGAGAAUCAAAUGAGAUAAUGCAUGCUUUGCAAACCUUAAAGCACUAUAUAGUAGUUAUUAUUAUUACCUUUCUUAUGCUAGGGGGCUACCACCAUAUCCCCCAUCUGUCCUGCAAUUAUAAUUUAUUGCAGAGCCCUGGAGUGAUGGUAAUUUGGGGAGAAACAAAAGGUGACUAAUAGAGUGGCAGAUCACUUCUCUCCACGCUCAUCAUGAGUUUUGUUCAUCUCUGACGUGCUAUUUUUCUGCCCCUCGGGGAGUACAUUUUCAUUCUGGGCUAGGAGGCUGUACAUGAAGAGUCCAGUGACUGGAUCAUACAAGUGUGUACCAGAUGGGAUGGCGUUGCCAUCUCCUUAUUUGGCCUUGAAAGUCGGGCUGGACUUUCUUCCUCCCCAUUAGGCAGUGUUGGCAAGUUCGGCUGCUGUCUAGUGAAGCUGGAGUGGCUGACUGCCAGGCAGUUAACCACAACUGAAGGUGAGGGUUGGAACUGUGGAAUCACAUGCCUAGGGAGACUUUACAGCUGCCAGUCCAUCACAUGGGCAGGAAAAGCUGCAGAAACUGGGCUCCCAGACAGCUGAGUGGAUGCCCAGACCUGAAUUCCUAUCUGUGGAAAGCAGGAAGAGAAGCAGGAAAACUGGAUUGGACCACAAAAAUUGGAAUUAUUAGCCCAAGAGGUCAGGGAGAAAUGAGUUUCAGAAGGAUUUGUUGGUUUAAGUUUUGGAGGUUUACUUCUAAAGUAGCCAGCCUAGUGUCCUGAGAGCUGAGCCCAAACUGGAUAGAGAGCCAGAACAGUUUCCUAAAAGGCCACAAGAUCCAGUUCUCCAGCAUUGGUUGACGCAUUUCCCCUCCUAUCCAGUAUUUAUAGUCGCUGACCCCAAAAGAGAGCCUCAACCUUCAACUCCUAAUGUUACAGUGAGAGCAAGGAGUAUGGGAUUGUUCCCCAGGGCUCUCCCCCGACAAAAUGGGAGGCUACGCAGGGGAUUUGGAGGUGACUGGACAACCAUGUUGGUCCACUCCAGUGUUUGUGACAGCUUCUUUGCAGUUUUAUUUAAUAUUACUGAGUCAUGUGGUUAUAAAAAAAAACAACCCGAUUGCCUAUGAACCUUCAAUAUACAGGAUGAGCAGUAGUCAGGAAAUUUCCCAGAGGCUAGUCGGAGGGUGGUGUAGAGAAGGAUACAGUGUAGAUGUCUUCAUAUUUUCAUAAUCCUGAGUCAUAUCCUAUAGCAUGCCCUAAAUAUCUUCAGAAACUGGGCCUAUGAGGGUUUUCCUGUGCCCCAGCUCUUUGAAGCUGCUGAACUUGGAGCUGGGAGAGAGGGCAGUUGAGGGGAAAGUUGGCUUCUUGCUUAUUUACAUAGACAAAAUCUCAAAAAAGAAAUCUUCACAAGAUAUAGGCAGAACCCCCCCCCAAAAAAAACCCAAAAAACAAACUCUCGAGGUGCUCAUUGCCUAGGGCAUAAAACGCAAUUUCCUCAAUCUGGCAUUUAAGAGCCUCCACAAUUUGGCUCUUGCCUACCUUUCUGGCCUCAUUUAAACUGAGCCUUUCAUAAAUUUUACAUUCCAGCUAAACUGGUCUACUAACCAUUCAUUCCCCUAAUUCUGUGUAGCUGCCCAAGUCAUCUCCCAUGGGAGUCACAGGAUCAUAGAGGGCUGAAAGGGGCCUUAGAGAACAUCUGGGAAAACAGAAGUGGGCACAGUGAGGCCCAGAGGUGAUUUGACUUGCCCAAGGUGGCACAGAGGUAAGGGGCAAAGGCUAGAUUUGAGCCCAGAACUUCUUCAGGGCUCUUCCAGCAAUGCUCAGCCUAGAAGCUGCUCCGACUCCCAGCCCCCACUUCCCAGGUGCUCUUUCCCUUGGUAAUUGUCCCUUAAUGUGCUCAUUUGUGUAUGUGUUGGAUUUUCCCUGCCCCGACUUCACUUCUUUAAAACAGGACCUGCUUUUUGUCUUUUUGAACUUUCUAGCAUAAUCUCUUGCUUUAACAAAUGUCAUGAUGGGACAGUACUGCUGAUGCAAUGUCUGUAGACAGAGAAGUUAGAGGGGGAGUAGCAGGUACUGUCUCUGGAGUCAAAUGACUGGGAUUCCAACUCUGCCUCUGAACUGGAAACCAUUAAGAGGAAAUGGCUAAGCAGAUUUUGGCAUAUGAACAUGAUGGAAUACAGCUGUGCUCUAAGAGAAGAAAAAGGAGAGAGAAAACUGGGGAGACUUUGUGAACUGAUGCAGAGGGAACCAGGCAGAACCAGAAUAUUUUAUACAAUAACAACAAUGUAAAGCAAACAACUUUGCUGGAUGGAAGAACUCUGAUCAAUGGAAUGAUCAACCUCAGUAACAGAGCACUGGUGAUGAAGUGAUAACCCUAGCCAUAAAUUCACGUUCCCACUACACACAUCCUGACAGAGGCGAUGGACUUGGGUACAGAAUGAGACAGAUGUUUUUGGAUACAGCCAACAUGGGCUUGUUUUGCUUGACCAUAUGUAUUUUUAUGAGGGUUUUGUUUUUCUUCAGUGGAGAUGGGGGGGCAUACAUGG